AACACUACUCACAGUGACAAAGAAAGAGAGAAGUUCAGCAAUGGCGUGGGAGACGAUCGAGCACUCUCAUCUCCCCAUCCGAGGCCUCAAUCUCCACAUCGCCUACACCGGCCCCGCCACAUCCACCGCCGUCGUCUUCCUGCACGGUUUCCCGGAGAUCUGGUACACAUGGAGGUACCAAAUGGUCGCCGUCGCCGCUGCCGGAUUCCGCGCCAUCGCACCCGAUUUCCGUGGCUAUGGUCUCUCCGAUCAACCACCGGAGCCGGAGAAGGCCACUUGGAAGGACCUGAUCGACGACCUCCUCGCCAUCCUCGACUACCUCUCCAUCCCCAAGGCCUUCAUCGUCGCCAAAGACUUCGGGGCGCUUCCGGCCUACUCCUUCGCGGUCAACUAUCCCGAUCGUGUCUCCGGCGUGGUGACCUUGGGGAUACCCUUCGUUCCCGAUGAGAACUCGGCGCUGUUCACGGAGCUCCCCGAGGGGUACUACUUGUCGAGAUGGCGGGUGCCUGGACGAGCGGAGGCGGAUUUCGGACGGCUGGAUGUGAAGACGGUGGUGAAGAACAUCUACAUCCUGUUCUCCGGCAGUGAGUUCCCGAACGCGAAGGAGGAUGAGGAGAUCAUGGACCUUGUGGAUCCUUCAACGCCGCUGCCGCCAUGGUUUAGUGAAGAAGAUCUGGAUGUGUAUGCGUCUCUGUAUGAGAAGUCUGGGUUCCGGUUUGCUCUCCAGAUUCCAUACCGGUCAUUGAAAGAACUCACAGGCAUAGCAAAUCCAAAAGUUGAGGUACCUGCACUGCUAAUAAUGGGAGGGAAGGAUUAUGUUCUCAAACUUCCUGGGUUUGAGGAUUACAUCAGGAGUGGCAUGGUCAAAAACUUUGUCCCAAAUCUGGAAAUCAAGUUCAUUGAAGAAGGUAAUCACUUUGUUCAUGAGCAGUUCCCAGAUGAAGUCAAUGAACUCAUUCUCAAAUUCCUCAAAACCUAAAUUUGAGAUGCUGAAACUGUCAGUGAUAGCCAGGCAUCUCUUGCUAUCUCAGUAAGUUAUUGAUAGCCAGCCAUAUUCUUGAACCUUUUUUUUUUUUAAGUAUAAGUUGUGCCAUAAAUAUGUCUAUGAUAAUAUAUUAAUAAAUAAGAGCAUGGUUGUGCAUUUGCUUUGAUGUUGAA